AUGUCGGCUCCUCCCCAAGCAGGCGACGCCGAGAAGAACAUCGAGAUAUGGAAAGUCAAGAAGCUCAUCAAGCGCCUCGAACAGGCGCGAGGAAACGGUACCUCCAUGAUCAGCUUGAUCAUUCCGCCCAAGGAUCAGGUCUCGCGUGCGGCCAAGAUGUUGGCAGAAGAGUUUGGAACUGCUAGUAACAUCAAAUCUCGUGUCAACCGUCUUUCGGUCCUGUCCGCCAUCACCUCGACCCAGCAGCGUCUGAAGCUGUACUCGAAAGUUCCACCGAAUGGCCUGGUCGUAUACUGUGGUGAAAUCAUCACCAGCGAAGGGAAAGAGCGGAAGAUCAACAUCGACUUCGAACCAUUCAAGCCCAUCAACACAUCCUUAUACCUUUGUGACAACAAGUUCCACACGGAAGCAUUGAGCGAGCUGCUGGAGUCGGACCAGAAAUUCGGCUUCAUCAUCAUGGAUGGUAAUGGAGCACUCUUCGGCACCCUCUCCGGAAACACAAGAGAUGUCGUUGCCAAGUUCAGCGUUGAUCUACCAAAGAAGCACGGUCGUGGUGGUCAGUCUGCGCUGCGUUUCGCACGUCUGAGAGAAGAGAAGCGCCACAACUACGUUCGAAAGGUCGCAGAAAUGGCGGUUCAGAACUUCAUCACAGCCGACAAGGUCAAUGUGGCCGGAAUCAUCCUUGCUGGAAGUGCAGACUUCAAGAACGACUUGAACCAGUCCGACCUGUUCGACCAACGUCUUCAGACCAAGGUCAUCAAGGUCGUAGAUGUUAGUUAUGGAGGCGAGAACGGGUUCAACCAGGCCAUCGAACUUUCUGCCGAGACGCUCUCGAACGUCAAGUUUAUCCAGGAAAAGAAGCUUAUCAACACCUACUUCGACCACAUCAGCCAGGACAGUGGGAAGGUCUGCUAUGGUAUCGGUGAUACCUUAAAGGCUCUCGAGGCCGGUGCUGCCGAGACGUUGAUUGUCUUCGAGAACUUGGAGAUGACCCGCUGGCAGCUCAAGAGCGGCGAGGGCGGCGAGAUCAUCCUCCACACGACGAAGCAGCAAGAGCAGGACCGUACUCUGUUCAUGGACAAGGAGACUGGCCAGGAGAUGGAAGUCAUCGACUCCAUGCCAUUCCUUGAGUGGCUAGCUGAGAAGUACCGUGACUUCGGUGCUCAGCUGGAGUUUGUCUCCGACCGUUCUUCAGAGGGCAACCAAUUCGUUCGUGGAUUCGGUGGUAUCGGCGCUAUUCUACGCUACGCUCUCAACUUUGAGCAACUUAUUGACGAGGAGGACGUGGACAACCUCGUAGACGAGGCGCCAAAAGACAAAUCACCAGCACUAAUUGAAAGUGCCAAGGCGCCCGUCGUGCAGCACAUCGAGGAGGCUGCAACUGCUACUGUCCCAGCAGAGAUUGAGACAGACAAGGAUCUGGAAGUGGCGAAGAAGUUGAACAGUCACAGCAAAGCCAAGCUGUUCGCCAAGAAGCUACUCGACAGACAGGAUCCAGCGACGAAGAUGAUGAGAAUCAGCCACCGACCGAAGGUCUCUUCGCCACUGAGAGCCGGCAUCACAACCUAG